AUGGAGACUACCGCGUCUAUGGGACUGCAGGGUCUGAAUGGCCUGCCCUACGAUUUAUCGCAAUUCGACCAUUACUUAUCUCAGGCAACUUCAUACGUCAACGGUAACCCACACUUGCAGUAUGCAUCAUUAUCGAAUCAAACUAUGCCUGGAAUUGGUGAGCAGUCGGAGCCUCCGGCGAAGCGGCCUUGCAGCUCUCGUUCGUACAAUGCAUUAAAUCAAAUGAAUGACGAGACGUCCAGUCCUGCCGCAAUUAUCCAGUCAUCAACAAGACCUCAAGAUGUCAACGGAAUUCUCGAUGGAGGCGUUGGUGGAUCUGAGAGCACGGAUUCUACGACACAUGACUUCAAUGAGGAUACGAGUAGAGAUAUACUUAGCGGCUCAGCCACCUCCGUGUCAUUGAUGUAUGAUCCCAGCCAGAAGAACUCAACUCCACCAUCAACUGUCAACAAUGUGACGUCCUCUUCUUCUGUUACGACAGACCCCAGAGGGCUCAGUGGCAGUGCAGACUAUGCCAGAUAUCGGCCAAGAUCGUCCAUACCUUCUAAGCUCACAGCUGCCGUCUACGCCCAACAGUGUGUUACAGCAGCGUACGCAUGCAGACUCAACCCCUAUGCUCUCCACAAGAAAGAGCAGGAAGCAUUACAGGAUCAUCUGUGCCAUCUCCAUGUCACAGCUUAUUUGAAUAUACGAAACGGAAUCCUUCGCCUCUGGACGCGAAAUCCAAUGGUCAGUGUCACAAAAGAUGAAGCUCUGGGCUGUGCGAAAGACUACCGGUGGAUGGGACUGGCUUCUUUUGCCUACGAAUGGCUUGUACGGAAUGGGUACAUCAACUUUGGUUGCAUUGAAAUACCUCCGGCUCUAGUUGCCCCUAGAAAAGGAAGACGCAAGGACGGUCCUGUCAUUGUUGUAAUUGGGGCUGGAAUGGCAGGCCUGGGUUGCGCAAGACAAUUGGAAGGUCUCUUCAAUCAAUAUCAUGAUCCAUUGACAUCACCGCGGGUUGUCGUAUUGGAGGGAAGGCGAAGAAUUGGAGGCCGUAUUUAUUCUCAUCCUCUACGGAGCCUUCAGUCGUCCAAGUUAGCCCCAGGAUUUGUGCCCAAGGCCGAGAUGGUUGGCGCUACCCUAUCACUUGUUACGUGA